AGGUCCCCAAGGUGCUGGGGACAUAUAUUUGUGACAGUUUGGUACCAGGACUUAGUUUGUAGGUAUGACCUUAUCUCUGCUAUCUUUGAGUUUUCAUAAUACGUUGGGAAAAAAGUAACAUAUGGAACAUUCAUGAAAUAUACUGUUGUUUCCUAUUACUGUUUUCAGGUCUGUUUUUAUUAAUUGAGUACUAAGCAGGAACAUUCUUGUAAUUCAUUAAUCUUAGCAAAAAAUUCUUCAGUAAAUGAAUCACUCAAGUGCUUCUGUAUUUAGGAUCCAAAAUAAUCACACUGUUGGAGUCACCUUUAUCCUCUUGGGCUUCUCAGAAUAUGUGGACCUCCAGGUGCUCCUGUUCCUGGUGUUCCUGGCCAUCUACACAGUCACUGUGCUGGGGAACCUGGGCAUGAUUGUGAUCAUCAGGGUCAACCCCAGACUCCACACCCCCAUGUACUUUUUCCUCAGCCACUUGUCGUUUGUGGAUUUCUGUUAUUCCACCACAGUGACACCCAAACUGCUGGAGAACUUGGUUGUGGAGGACAGGACCAUCUCCUUCACAGGAUGCAUCAUGCAGUUCUUCUUUGCCUGCAUCUUCGUGGUGGCAGAAACCUUCAUGUUGGCAGUGAUGGCCUAUGACCGAUUUGUGGCAGUUUGCAACCCUCUGCUCUACACAGUUGUCAUGUCCCAGAAGCUUUGUUCCUUGUUGGUUGCUGCAUCAUAUUUUUGGAGUAUAAUGUGUUCCUUAACAUACACAUAUUUUUUGUCCACCUUAUCAUUUUGUGGAACUAACAUCAUAAAUAACUUUGUCUGUGAGCAUGCUGCCAUUGUUGCUGUGUCCUGCUCUGACCCCUACAUUAGCCAGAAGAUCAUUUUAGUCUCUGCUACAUUCAAUGAAAUAAGCAGCCUGAUGAUUGUUCUAACUUCUUAUGUUUUUAUUUUUAUCACUGUCAUGAAGAUGCCUUCACCUGGGGGGCGCCAUAGAGCCUUCUCCACCUGUGCCUCCCACAUGACCGCCAUCACCAUCUUCCAUGGAACCAUCCUGUUUCUCUACUGCAUUCCUAACUCCAAAAGCUCAUGGCUCAUGGUCAAGGUGGCCUCUGUCUUUUAUACUGUGGUCAUUCCCAUGCUUAACCCCCUGAUCUAUAGCCUCCGGAACAAAGAUGUAAAAGACACGGUCAGGAAGUUAAUCAAUAUGAAAUUAUUAUGUCAUAAAAUAUAAUGGUAGAAAUAUUACUUAUUUUUCUUUGAGAUGACUGGUGUGGUAGUUCAAUAUCAAAUCAAUACCUGAAUGUAUGGUAACCCUGUAGUUGACAGUUCAGUAUCUAUUUACUCUGAUGUUUAAUAAAAUAACUUUAAAAUUAUAAAUACUAUUGAGGAUGUAAUCUCAGAUUACUUAAGCCAAAUAAUUGAUUCACAUGCUGUAAUACAAAGGUUU